AUGGGGUGUUGCCUCUGCUCUGCAGAGAAUGAACUGAAGGCAUCCCCAUUACUAGACCCUGACGUUCCACCUUUCUUUCUUCCCUUUACCUUUCAGAAAUUCGGAGAGCUUGCGCUGACCAAAGAAUCGAAGGCACUAAUGGGACUUUAUAAUGGGCAGGUCCUGUGCAAGAAGAAUAAAUUUGGAGCACCACAGAAGAAUGUUCAGCAUCUAGCCAUCCUCGGUGCAGGGCUGAUGGGAGCUGGAAUCGCCCAGGUCUCUGUGGACAAGGGACUGAAAACUCUGCUUAAAGACACCACAAUGACGGGGCUGGGCAGGGGACAGCAGCAGGUGUUCAAAGGAUUGAAUGACAAAGUGAAGAAGAAAGCCCUAACAUCAUUCGAAAGGGAUUUCAUCUUCAGCAGCUUGAUUGGGCAGCUCGAUUACAAGGGUUUUGAGAAGGCCGACAUGGUGAUCGAGGCUGUUUUUGAGGACCUCGCUGUUAAGCACAAAGUGUUGAAGGAAGUAGAAGGCGUGACUCCAGAGCACUGUAUCUUUGCCAGCAACACAUCUGCUCUGCCAAUCAAUCAGAUUGCUUCUGUCAGCAAAAGACCUGAGAAGGUGAUUGGCAUGCACUACUUCUCUCCCGUGGACAAGAUGCAGCUUCUGGAAAUCAUCACAACGGACAAAACCUCCAAGGACACCACAGCCUCUGCCGUGGCAGUGGGUCUCAAGCAGGGCAAAGUCAUCAUUGUGGUGAAGGAUGGACCUGGCUUCUACACCACCAGGUGUCUUGCUCCCAUGAUGUCUGAAGUCAUGCGAAUCCUUCAGGAAGGAGUUGACCCUAAAAAGCUGGACACCUUGACCACAGGCUUUGGCUUUCCUGUGGGUGCUGCCACCCUGGCAGACGAAGUAGGUGUAGACGUAGCCCAGCAUGUAGCAGAAGACCUGGGCAAAGCCUUUGGGGAGCGGUUUGGAGGUGGCAACGUAGAACUGCUGAAGCAGAUGGUCUCCAAGGGCUUCUUGGGUCGCAAGUCUGGGAAGGGCUUCUACAUCUAUCAGGAGGGGUCAAAGAAUAAGAGCCUGAACUCGGAAAUGGACGGCAUCCUGGCGAGCCUGAGACUGGCUGCCAAGCCCGAGGUCUCCUCUGACGAAGACAUCCAAUACCGUGUGAUAUUGAGGUUCGUGAAUGAGGCAGUCCUGUGCCUACAGGAAGGGAUCCUGGCCACACCUGCGGAGGGAGACAUCGGAGCAGUGUUUGGGCUUGGCUUUCCCCCUUGUCUCGGAGGGCCCUUCCGCUUUGUGGAUCUGUACGGUGCGCAGAAGGUAGUGGACCGGCUCCGGAAGUAUGAGUCUGCCUACGGAAUACAGUUUACCCCAUGCCAGCUGCUUCUCGACCAUGCAAACACCCCCAGCAAGAAGUUCUACCAGUGAGCAGGCCCUCCCAUCCUGCCCCGUCCAUGCACUAACCCAGACCUGGCAGUGCGCAUUGUGUCGUGCUAGGUAGAUUUUCAGGAGAAAGACCAGGCCUUGGGUCUGCUCCUCCCUCAGUGCCUUCAGCCCUGACCAGCUCUUCCUCCUGGUGAAGUCUGACUGUGAAUUAAGCCUUUGUACUUCAUAUUGGAGGGUGAGCCCCACUGUGCUCCUUUCGCCAGCCUGCCUGAGGCCCAGAGCAGCAGCUAUAAGCAACCCAGAACAUCUGCUGCCUGUGCCCCCCAGGAGGCCAGUGGGGACUGGCAUUGGGGAGGGCAUUUCUGCACCCAGCCAAACACAGGGUGACAAUAAAAUCCAGACUGUUGGCCUCUG